UCGACAAUUUGGAGGAUGCUUUGCUCGCUCGCGGAGUUCUUCUUUCCAUCGAGCCUUCAAUCUAUAUAUCUAUUCCCCUCAUCGGAGGAACCGUAAGCGAAGCUUCUCCCGAUCUGUUCAUCAAUUCCUUGCGAAGAGGAAACCACGGCGAAGGUUUUGAUCUGUUCCAUGAGAAAAAUAAGUGAUCUUUGCGUCCGUUCGUUCAUUCCUUCCUAUCUCCUCUCUUCUCCCAAUCCAUAAAUUGUUCCCGCGCCUUCCAUCACCGAUCCAGAUUCGCGGUUGCGUUGGAGAUUUGUGCCUGUUCUUGUUGCAUUGGAUCGUUCUUUUGGUAUCAGCUUGAAAGCCGCCACCUUUUGUGCCAUCUAGACUCCCCAGAUCUGCGACCCAUCCCCACGGCUCGUCUUCGCGGAAAAGAUCGCACUUUUGAUUCGAUCUCUUCUUCUUUUUUUCCUCGUAGAUUAUUGAUCAGAUUUUUGGACGAGUCCGCAAAUUAGGAAGGACAUUUCUUUGAUUUCGAAGAGCCACAGAUCUUUGAUCGCCGGGGUUGUGUUUCUAACUUGGUUCUCGAGAUUUGCAUUGGUUUCUUGAAGAAAGGCGGUACCUUUGCUAUGGACAAGUCGCCAGUUCCUGAUGGAGGCGGAGACGGAGGCAAUGGUGUCGGUUUACCGCCCCAUUCAUCCAGAUACCCCGCCUCUGGCUCGCCCACGGCCUCUUCUUCUUCUCAGCCACCUUCGGAUUCUGAUCAUUUCGGUCACCCGGCACCAUCCGAGGGCAGGCUGUUCAGCCACGAUGUCAGCCGGAUGCCUGAUUUCCCUCCAAGAAAUCCCGGCCAUCGUCGAGCCCACUCGGAGAUCCUUAGCCUUCCGGACGAUAUUAGCUUCGACAGCGACCUCGGUGUCGUGGGGUCGCACGAUGGGCCGUCAUUGUCCGAUGAGGCCGAGGAGGACCUCGUCUCCAUGUACAUGGAUGGUGAAAAGUUCGGGUCUGUUGCUGCCACUGCUGGUCUGUCCAACGGUGAGUCUUCACGGUCUGCAUUGUCUCCUGUUCAGGCUCCUCCUCAGGGUGAGAUUGCGGCCUCGGGUUCUAGUGAAAAGCUCAGGAUAAGGCAUCACCAUAGCCAAUCUCUGGAUGGCUCUACUGCAAUCAAAUCAGAGCUACUGAUGUCUGGUGGCGAAGGGCCAUCAACUGCGGAGGCGAAGAAGGCUAUGUCAGCUGCAAAACUCGCCGAACUGGCUCUUGUUGAUCCAAAGCGCGCAAAGAGGAUUUUGGCAAACAGGCAAUCGGCUGCAAGAUCAAAAGAGAGGAAGAUGCGAUAUAUCGCAGAGCUCGAGCGACAGGUGCAUACUUUCCAAACUGAAGCAACAACAUUGUCUGCUCAACUGACAAUGCUGCAGAGAGAUAACAAUGGCCUGACUGCUGAAAAUAGUGAGCUGAAACUGCGAUUGCAGACGAUGGAGCAGCAGGUUCACUUGCAAGAUGCACUGAAUGAGGCACUGAGAGAAGAGGUUCAGCACCUGAAGUUGGCCACAGGUCAGAUGUUGCCGAAUGGUGGACCGAUGAUGAAUCUUGUUUCAUCUCCACUCGGAGCAAACCAUCAAUUUUACCACCACAAUCAAGCGAUGCAGUCCCUCCUGGCGGCACACCAACUUCAGCGGCUCCACAUCCAAGCUCAACAUCCGCAACAGCUACCGUCACAUCAGAAUCAACAGCAACGGCAGCUGCAGCAGCAUCCAGCUCAGCUGCUGCACCAACAUCCAGCUCAGCUGCUACAGCAGCAGCAGCAGCAGCUGCUGCUGCCUCAUCUCCCUGGCAGCGAUAGCAGCAGCAACCAUCUGCAAACCUGAGAAUGAAUGGACAGUCCAUUUUCCAGUCAAUUAGAGAUACCGAAAUCUUGAUCUUGUUACUUAUAGAGUUGAAAUCUUGGGCUACCGAAAUCUUGAGCUACAAUGAACAUAGUUACCUAUUGUAGUCAGUUCUCUGGAUUGGAAUGCAAGCUAUGUAGUGUGGCUCUCACCAAUUGUUCUUCAGAAUCUGAAUGAAGAGUGGUGCUUUGGUCUA